GUGAUAUAUAUAGGGACAGAGGUAGUUUGGACCUGUCACACACACAUGCCACUGUCUAGUGAACGUUUGCUGGCCUGCUGUCACUAAAAAAAAGUUGGGAUGAGCCCCCUAGUACUGCUCUUGUUGUACACACUGGGAACAUCAGUGGUGCUGGCAGAACCCUACAAAGAGGAAUCCAGAACCUCAGAGGAGCCAAAGCCCUCAGAGGAACCUGGUCCAAAGACUGAGCCAUGCCCAAAGGGGUGCACCUGUAUCCAAGAUGACUACACCUUAGAGCUCAAUGUCUACUGCAGCACACGCAACUUCACCCAGGUUCCCUCCGACAUACCCUUGUCUACACGCUCCCUAUGGCUUGAUGGAAACCUAUUUACAAAUUUACCAGCAGCUACUUUCGAAAAUCUGUCCAAUGUGGAGUUUUUGAACCUACAGAGCGGCCUGCUGGUUACCCUUGAUGCCCAUGUAUUUAAAGGACUGCAUGUCCUUGCUCACCUGCACCUUGAGAGAAACAAUAUUCGCUCAUUGCCUGGCAUAGUCUUUCAGGGAACAUCCAAUCUUGCAUCCCUCAGUCUCAACAAUAAUCAGCUGUCUCGAAUAGAUGACAGGUUAUUCGCUGGGCUCUCCCACAUGUGGUUGUUGAAUUUAGGAUGGAACUCGUUGUCCGUCCUGCCUGAGACAGGAUUCCAUGACCUGCAUGGAUUACGUGAGUUAGUACUUGCUGGAAAUCGACUGGCUUAUCUACAACCCCUGCUAUUUCAGGGUCUGACCGAGCUCAAGGAAUUGGACCUAACUGGAAACUAUCUGAAGGUCAUAAAGGCAAAUGUGUUUCUGAAACUACCAAAGCUGCAGAAGCUUUAUCUGGCCCAAAACCAGAUAGUGACAGUGGCACCGAGGGCAUUUUUAGGCAUGAAAUCAUUGAGAUGGUUGGAUCUCAGCAGAAAUCGUCUAUCUGUACUUCACGAUGAAACUUUCCUUGGCCUACAUAGCCUACAUGUGCUCCGCCUGUCAAAUAACUCAAUUGGUAACCUAAAACCCGGGACUUUCCGUGAUCUGCAGUACCUUGAGGAACUCUGCCUAUGUCACAAUCAGAUACGAGCCUUGGGACUGAGAGUCUUCGAAGGGCUGGGUCAUUUAGAGGUGCUAAACAUGGAGCACAACCGAUUACAAGAGGCACGCAUGGGCACAUUUAUGGGCCUUAAUUACCUUGCUGUGAUAAAACUUACUGGAAGCUGUUUCCAGAGCCUCCCAGAUCAAGUUUUUAAGGGUCUGUCAAAGCUCCACAGUAUUCACCUUGACAGAAGCUGUUUGACGAAAGUUUCAAGCCAAAGUUUCAAUGGUCUAACAGGCCUUCGCCGCCUUUUCCUACAACACAACAACAUAUCUGUGGUGGAGCGUCAAAGUUUUGUGGAACUACAAGUGCUACAACAGCUUGAUUUGAGAUUCAACCAGUUAACAUCCAUCACCUCCAACACAUUUUAUGGUCUGAAAAACCUUGAUUACCUGCUGCUGUCAGGAAACUUACUUGGCCAUCUUCCAUCUGAGGCCUUGAUGCCUCUGCAACACCUGUCUUGGCUGGAUCUCUCAGGAAACAAACUGGAGUACAUACUUAAUGCAACAAUAUACAUGCUGCCACGUUUGCGUUACUUGAACCUAAAAGACAAUGCACUGAUCAACCUCCCAGCUUCUAUACCUGAUAGCUUGGAGCAACUUUGGGUCUCGGGUAACAAGUGGAAAUGUGACUGUAGUGCUAAACCUUUCAGAGAUUUCAGUCUUCAGAAGCCACAUGUCAUUCCACUGCAGGUUGAAAUGCUUGGCGAGGGUGAGGAGCCUCAUACACUUGUCACAAUAUACAAUAACAUCACAUGUGCCAGCCCAUCCAGUGUUUCUGGACUUGACCUGCGGAACAUCGGAAGUGAACAUUUUCAGGGCUGUUAAGUCUAAAGAUCUUUAUUCUAAUCUAAAUACACACUACAAUUGACUGUUUCUAUAUAAUCAUUAUAGUCCUAACCCAUAUCUCAGAGCUUCAAUUCAUGACUUUUAUUUAUCUCCAGCAAAACUUUCUUUGGCAAACAGACUUUAAAGGAAUAGUUCACCCAAAAAUAAAAAUUCUAUAAUCAUGUAAUCAUCCACAUGCUAUCCCAGAUGUCUAUGACUUUCUAUCUUCUGCAGAACACAAAUGAAGAUUGUCAGAAGAAUAUCUCAGCUCUGUAGGCCCACACAAUGCAAGUGAAUGGUGACCAGGCCUUUGAAGCUCCAAAAAGGAAAUAAAGUCAGCAAAAUCCAUACAACUCCAGUUGUUUAAUCAAUGACUUCUGAAGUGAUCCAGUUGGUUUUGGGUGAGAACAGAACAAAAAUAUAACUCCUUUUUCACUGUACAUCUUGCCAUUGCAGUCUCUAGGCACGAUCAUGAAUUUAAGCUUGAUUACACUUCCUAGUGCAUGACCUAUGUGCAGAGUGCUAGAUGGUGCUAUAGGAAGUGUAAUCGAGUUUGAAAUCAUGAUCGCCAAGGAGACUGCUGUCAAGAAGUAGAGGUAAAAAGGAGUUAUAUUUUGGUCUUUUUGACCCAAAACAAAUGGAUCGCUUCAGAAGACAUGGAUUCAAAAAUAAUCUUAGCUUCAAAAUUCUGAUCACCAUUCACUCGCAUUGAAAGGACCUACAGAGCUAAGAUAUUCUUCUAAAAAUCUUAGUUUGUGUUCAUCAGAAGAAAGAAAGUCAUACACAUCUGGGAUGGCAUUAGGGUGAGUAAAUGAUGAGAGAAUUUUCAUUUUUAGGUGAACUAUCCCUUUAAUAAGACAGGCUGUCUUUUCUGAAUUUAAGUCAUGUUAAAGUAACAAAUGACAAUUGAGUUGAUAUUGUAUAUUCAGACAUUAACAUUUUGUGGACAAAAAUCUGUAACAUUCUGCAUAACAUGUCUUUUUAUAUUCCACAGAAGAAAUAAAAUUAAAUGUAUUUGAAAUUA